AUGAAGGUCACCACUUUUGCCGCUACCCUCCUCACUGUCGGCUUUGCAGCUUAUACAGCUGCUGCUGCGUGCUGUAACGUUAAAGUAUGUGAUGGGUUUGGCCUCAAGGGCAAUUGCAAGAACGGCUGCUACCCUUACCGCAAGUACGUCAACAUCAACAGAAGCGGGCUUCGGUCAUCAAUCGGCUCUGGGAAGACUGGCAAGGAAUGUGCUUGUACCUUCGGCAAGGAUAAUGGAUCUUGUAUGGUGGUUGAUGUUAAGGGCAAAGACGCACCUAGUCAUUGCCUCACCGGUAUUAAUAGGCUGUACUGUUGGACGAAAUAG